AUGCUCUCCUCCACCCCAUUCCUCGUCUCCUUCCUCCUCCUCCUCUCCCUCUCUCUCCUCUUCCUCUUCGCCCCACGCUUCCUCCCCCCUUCCCACCCUCAGAUCCCCAUCUCCGCCUCCGACGAGCUCGACGACCAGACCCUCUUCAACCGCGCCCUCAACCCUAACCCUAGAAAACCCAAGCCUACAUUCUCCCACCUCGCCCUCGAUUCGAAAUCCUCCAAACCCAAGAUCGCCUUCCUCUUCCUCACCAACUCUGACCUCCACUUCGCCCCCCUCUGGUCCCUUUUCUUCUCCAAAACCAACUCCAAUCUUUACAAUAUUUACGUCCAUGCCGAUCCCUCCGCCAACGUCACCCUCCCUCCCGGCACCGUCUUCCACAACCGCCUCGUCCCAUCCAAGCGCACUUACCGCGCCUCUGCAACCCUCAUCUCCGCCACGCGCCGCCUCCUUGCCUCUGCUGUCAUCGACGACCCUGCCAAUCUCUUCUUCGCCGUUUUGUCCCAGUACUGCGUCCCCCUCCACUCCUUCCGGUACGUCUACAACUCGCUCUUUUUCUCCACUACCUUCGACUUGACCCGACCCGCCACCGGCUCCGACGCCGAAUUGGCCCAGAUGGGCCUCAAGGUCCGGCCCAAGAGCUUCAUCGAGAUCCUCUCCAAAUCGGCCAGUCUCUGGAAGCGGUACUCCGCCCGUGGACGCUUCGUGAUGAUGCCGGAGGUCCCGUUCGAGCAGUUCCGGGUCGGGUCCCAGUUCUUCCUCCUCACCCGACGCCACGCGCUCGUGGUUUUGAAGGAUCGGGCGCUGUGGAAAAAAUUCAGAAUGCCGUGCUAUCGAGAAGACCAGUGCUACCCGGAGGAGCACUAUUUUCCGACGUUGUUGUCAAUGGCGGAUCCGGAUGGGUUAACCCGUUACAGCCUGACCCGGGUAAAUUGGACGGGAACGGUAAACGGGCACCCGUACACUUACCGAGCCGGGGAAGUGUCGGCGGAGCUGAUUCAUCGGCUGCGGAAAUCGAAUUUUUCGGAGUCGUACCUGUUCGCGAGGAAGUUCUCGCCGGAUUGCUUGGAACCCUUGUUGGGUUUGGCCGAUAAGGUCAUUUUCCGGGACUGA